AUGCUCGAAGAAGCGCUGUAUCGAUUUCUUGCGAGCAAGGUCGGUACGUUUAUUCGAGGUGGACUAGAUCGGGAGCAAGUCCUAAUCGCUUUAGGGCAGCGGGGCUACUUUGAGGUUCACGAUCUCGAACUCGAAACCGGUGCGGUCGAGCGCUAUUGGCGUCAAGAUCUCGGAAUCAAAGAACUUCAACUCCAACGGGCUGGCCUAGGCACGCUAUCCAUCCAAGCGCGGUGGAAUGGAAUCAUCAGCAUCAGCAUCGCAGACGUGUACCUGGAGCUGUGCUGGUAUCCGGGUGAAGCCCCCAGUAACAACGCUGACUCGUUUCAGACCACUCGAGCGGAACUUCUCCGCCUAGACGACGAGGAGCAGCGUCAGAGUCUCGAGUCUUGGGCUCGGACACUUGCGACACGAGAGCAGCAGCUCUCGCAAGAGACGCUGCCUGCGUCCAGCAAGCACAACGGUGCCUCGACAGGAGGCGCUCGAGACGGCGGCUGGCUGCAGACAUUUGCUGGAAGAGCCACUGCAUUUCUGCUUCGUCGUCUACAGUUGCAGAUAGAACGGGUGCAUAUUCAUGUCGACUUCAUCGCUGUCGAACCGGAAACAAACCUGCUCGAAGGGAGGCGGUCUCAAGGCACACGAAAGAGCAGUUGCGGAUUGAUGCUCCGGCAACUCAGCCUGAUCGAUAGCAAUGCCGCUGCUUCUGAUAAGUCGACAGACCCCGAUUAUCGUCAUGAAUGGCGACCUCAUCUGGAUCAUCCUACCCAGAAUGAGGCCGCGACCUCACCCAGGAUGCGCUUGAUCCUCGAUCGACAGUUACGGGUGCAUGGUCUGGCCUGCUACCUGACACCAAUGAGGAGCCAGCAUCGCUCGCAGUCGACGCCAGCGGAUGCCGCAUUCACAGCCUUAGCGGGAGAAUCUUUGUCGGAGCACUAUGAGCGUUUCGCGAAGAUCAUGGAACCCUUUCUUUUGUGCAGGCCCAGCUAUGGGUAUGUCGGACUACGAAUAGAGCGACCGUACCCAAGCACCUUGGCGACGGAUACAGAAGCGCCCCACGAUUCGUCUGGCCAGUCGACGAGCGACAGCACCACCAGAGUCUCACUCUGUCUCGGUGUUGAACGCUGGUGUUUGCAACUGCAACAGUCUCAGGUAGAGACGGUGACGGCACUGAAGAGCUACGCAACCUGGUUGGGAUGGCGACGACGCUCAGACUUGUUGGUGCUCAUGAACGCCCCCGAACCUUAUCUGUGGAUGUUUGGGAAUCGCUAUCGCUCACGAUAUCUGAACUGGAUGCCUCCUCCGGAGGAGCGGCAAUCCGCAGAGCUUCCGCGCGAUAUCCAGGCCCUAGAGGCGACAGAGCAGCAGCACCCGAGUAGGGCGCGAAACCGUUGGAAAUUUGCGCUUCUUUGUGUUCGAGCAUUUGUAUCCAGUUUGUAUCGUCCAUUCGUGCUCGAGGAUCUUGGUGCUUGGCAUCGACGCAAAGAACGCUACAUAUCGCUCUACACGCGAGUGAAACUGGAAACUGAUGACCGCACCCAAGCAUCCACUGGUACACGGGAAGCUCUGGCACUCUCUCUUGCCAACGAUCCAGCGGACUUGGAAGAGGCAGUCGCAGCUCUGGAGCAACAGUUAAGCAUCGAUGAAAUCCGCUACUUUCGGAGUCUGGCAAUACAACGAUACCACAGGGCGCUUGAACGUGACCCCAGCAGACGAGCACCACUGCAGCCUAACGCCGAAAGGCCUCAGUAUACACCAGGAGCGAACACCAAACGCAGCAUCGUUGAUCAAGGUCGAGCUGUUUCCGCAGUCGUUGGCUCCGCUGAAGACGCCAGCGGGACAGCAGAAACAGCUCGAACUGGGGCCACAGCGUCGACCGGCUGGCUGGGCUGGAUCUCCACCACACUCGGCUGGAGCUCAGCGCCACCUGCGACAAAGGAUUCAGCGUCUGGUGUGGACGUCACAUCGGGAAUACCGACGCCAACUGCUAGGUCGACUGCUGCUCCUGCUGCUCGCGAAGAGCGUCACACCGCAGUGGAGCGGAUUUGGCCCGCAACUACUGACACUUUGUGUCAACCAUCCGAGCACCAGCCUCAGGCUGAUGCGCGCUCUGCUCGGCUAGACUCGGAGCAGCGCGAGGAAUCCAAAAUCGUCGUUGAGCCGGCUAGCUUGGCGCAGGAGCUCGGUGAACGUUUUCAAGGCUUUGUACAGGAGCACGUGGAUGAGCAAGUCACCGAUUUGGAGUCUACGCUCCAGCAGAUUCAGUGGAAACCAGAUGCUGCAGGUCUCCGCAUCGAAUUGCGGAUCGACGAUACCCAGAUGAGCCUGCAGCUUUCAGAUCGAAGGCCUUUCGCCGACAUCCAACUCCGACAUCUGCAUCUGCUUUUGGAGAGGACACCCAAUCGCACGUGCAUCUCGCUACAAACGGGUGAUGUUGUUGUGCAGGCGCGUGAGCACCUACACGACGACCUUUAUCCAGUAGUCUUUGUCGACGCAAGCACCGACGCAUCGUCAGGAGCACUGUUGCGCCUCGCCUAUGAGCACCAGCAUCCAAUACGCAACACCAGUUGGUCUGGCGAUGCGACAGCGUUGACGGCACCAGCGCGUUCACAUGUUGAAACGCGACAUCGGAUGAGCGUACGCAGCAGGCCGCUGGUUCUGCUGCUAUCGCCGGCACUCGUUCGACAUGUACUUGCCUUUGGCAGACGACAGAACAUACCCUGGCGCGUUUGGAUGCAGGAAGCCAAGGCACAGUUCGCUGCGUAUCGCACGUCGAUCGCUGCAGCGUUGCCGGAUAGUGAAACGCUGUUGGAGGCGGCGAGCACCCUGGACCUGGAUAUCAUGGUGUCGGCGCCGCGCAUCUACGUAGUUGCUAACUUAGCCAAGGGCUUGGGGCUUAUACGUGAACGCGCUUCGCCCACCAGUAGCGAGGCAACGGCACCGGUGACAUCACCGCGGCAUCGUUGGAUACAUGUCAUUGAGCGACUGCGUCGUGGCACCCGCUUGGAUGCAUUCGCUGUGCAGGUUCAGCUGGGGAGGCUUUCACUUCGGAGCGGCACUUGCUGCCAGCUGCGCGACCCGUUGCGCCUCUUCAGCGACCUCGAUCGAGUUCAACAGCGGUUGGCAUUAAAGCAUCGCUCAGGUGGAUGUGCUGCAGCGUCCAGCACGGGCACGAGCAGCCGGGCGAUGCCCGAGAACCUGGCUGCUUCGCAUCAGCCGCCUCUCCUGUACGACAUUGCUGUUCAGCAGCUGAGCAUGAGCCUUGAACUGGACGCGGAUGCAGCGGCACUGUUCGGGUGUGCCAGCGUUCCUAUUCUGCUUCCUUGUGGUGGCUCUGCGCAUCUUGCGCUGGCGUAUGCGGCACCAGCUGGAAGUGUUUGGGGCAGCGCAGCGGCAACAGCCGAGGCCUCCUCCUCCUACUCGACGCACUUCAGUUCGUCGACGACGGCAUCCGUGCGACUGGGCUGCCUCAUCGAGAUAUCCGAUAUCGAGCUGCAUUUGACUGCGGCUUUAUGGCAGUACGCAGCUUGCUGGCAGCGCUGGUGGAGCCUCCAUCAGGCAGCACGUCGUGUAGGGCGCGGCGCAGUCGCGGUAUCGCCCAAAGUAUCCACGUUAUCGACGGGAGCUGAGAUGCCAACACGUUCCCGGGCGAGUCAACGAGAUGAAAAAGUUCCCGGGCGUUCAUCGCGCAAACCUAUAUGCCCCGGAAACAAGUCACCCGCUGCCGGUACCACUGAUGCUACUGCUGCCACAGCUGCUGCUGAUGCUGCUGAUGAUGCUGCUGAUGCUGCUGCUGAUGCUGCUGCUGAUGAUGCUGCUGAUGAUGCUGCUGCUGCUACGAGCACGCGGACGUGGCAAGAAACGUCGCCCGCAGACGCCCCUCGCUCUGUGUCGUGGACCAAGACAGAGACCUCGCUGCUGCUGGAGAUGCACUGGAGAGGUGCCCAUACCAAGGUGGUGCUGUGCUCGCCAACGGAUCCGCCAGCUCAGCUUGUAUUGGCGUCAGCUGGUCUCGAUGCUGCACUGGGGUUGGCGUACGCAGGCACUGCACCGAUUCAGUGGAGACUUUCGUUUGCUGCGGAUGCUCCCGAGGCAUUCGUCCGUCAACGCAUUGCGGAUCAUAAGCCGCUUGUGCUCCUAUCCCCGUGCUCUGUUGGCGUGCGCAUCCAUGGCCACUAUACGGCAGUAGCAGCAUCGCGAGGAGCGCCUCUGCUCUCGGUGCAGGUUGAGCUGCAGACUUCCGCAUUUGACGCCAUAUUCUGCCGCCAAGACAUGGACCUGUGGCGGAGUUGGCUGCACCGCUGGUCGACGAGGCUCAAUGCACCAGCGUAUCCAGAGUUAGGUGAUGUUCUAUGCGACGAGGCAGGUGCGGGUACCGGCAGCGCGUCCGCUCCCAAAGGUCAUCGUGAGGCAACAGCGGUAACAAGUACAGCAGCAGCACCGGGGCAUACACCUGCAUCGCAUACGCUGGUCCCAGAUACGAAUGCUGCUGAAGGUACUGGGACCGGCUCGUUCAGUGCAAUGCCGGCAGGUUCGGGCGCCUUUCGCCUGCGGUCCAGUGCGCAAGCCGGGGUCAGCAGCGUGCCUUUGCUCUGGGACGCUCUUGCUGCAGUGCUGGGGGGUGCGCUGGGCGCUCCAGCACCCUCCGCACUGAGUCAUCGGCGCCGCAGUGGCACCCAGCGUCACUUGUCCAGGGCAGUACCUGGCCAGCAGCAGCAGCAGCAGCAGCAGCGAUCCAGCUUUGGUAACCAGCGGCCUGUGUUCUCGCCCAGAAAAUGCCCAGCUCCUGGCAUGAGUCCGCAGCCGGGUACGCUGAUCACGCUCUGGGAUAGCGCUACGCAGUUGCCGUGUGUCCUCCAGGCGGAUGCCUCCAUACCCAUAUACGUUUUGGCGCUGGCGAGCACCGAUGCCCCGCCUUAUUCGGCAGCUAGCACGGCGUACAGCACGUUCCUGGUCAAGCGCACUGAUCCCGAUGACGAGACGCUCUUUAGUCUCCUGGCCUGGUGCCCCGACGAUAGCGAAGGUCCCUCAGGAGUGCUGCGACCCGUCUCUGUGCUCCCGUAUCCAGCCACAGAGGCGAGUGCUCUUCAACGCCAGGCAAACCCGAUCCCCGCAGGCGUGCCCGGGUCUUCAGCUGAACCUCCUGGGCGGCGUCGAAGCACCUCCUCUCUGAGACGCGCAGGGACCUCGGUGGAGUCAGCACGCGCUAGUGCUGGUGACUCUACGCCGCGCAUCGGUUGCCUGGGGCGCUUUUCAGGGCACCCUGAUAACACCGCUCCACCUACGAGCAUGUCAGACGCCGGUGUUUCCGUUGGUGAACCGAUUAUCUGGCGAGCGUGCUUUGUCUCACCGGAUGGAUUUUGCCUCAUGAAUGCACAUACCGGUAAGUUUCUGAGUUGGAACCUCCAAGGUCAAGCGAUCGAAACCAGUCUACCAGAGACCGUCUUGCUGCUAGGCGCACCGUGGCAAGCGAAUGCAAGUGCGCGGAAAGCGGAGAUGACACCAGAAACAGCACCUGCUGCGUUUUCCCAGACCGGCAUGGAGACGGCAGUUUCCUUGCAGGUGCGCGUGACGAGUGCUGGCGUGCUAGUGCGUCUGACGGAUAGCCCGUUAACCGGCAACGGCAACGGCAACGGCAACGGCAACGGUAGCAGUAGCGGUGGGGUGCUCCCCCUGGUGGCGCUGACCAUGAGCCAACUCGCCUUGGUUUAUCAGGUCACUGACACAUACCAGGAGCUGCAGACGCAGUGCACGUUCGCCGUCGACGCCUACGAUGGUGGACAGGAUCGGUAUGAGCCACGGUUGCACCCGUUUCGACUGCAGUUGCGUCUGCAUGAGCAUCGACCCUCUGGCUUGCUUCGGAUAUGGUUGAGUCCGCUGCAUCGGGAGCCUGUUCGGAUUCAAGGCUCCGAGCAGGAUGCACUCGAGCUCGCGCUGCUCUGGGAGUAUCUCACCGGUCGACGAGCGCAUCUGCCGACAGUGUACCAGCGAGCGUAUCGAUUCUCCAAUGAGACGGAUGCGGACCUUGAGAUCAUCAUCCCUAGCAACAAUGGUGCGCUUAUGCCGGCAUCCGGCAACCAGAAGAGCGGUGACAAAGCACACGGGCCAGAUGCGGUGCACCAGAUGCCUUCAGCGCCUGCAGCUGGCAAGAAAAGCGCUCCGGAGCGCCCAGCAACGAGCACAACGCCCGAGGAGCAUCCAGCACGCCUUGGAGCUUCAGGAUUCUGUGUCGCUGCGGGAACGGUGCAUGCGGUGCUUCCGGUGCAAUCCAGCUGGGCACCAAACGCGCUCCGGCGGAUCCAGUCAAGAGCUCAGGGCUCGACCCAGGUCACGAGUUCGAGUGCCUCUAUGAAGACGCUGCAACUGGGCGUUCGAGCGCUCUCCAUCGAAGGCGAUACGCCUACGUGGUUCUCUUGGACUCGAGCUGGCGACGCGCUCGUCGCGAGUGAGGCUUCAGCAACAGAAACUUCUGCAAGGUCGCUCAUUGGGAAUCGACCCAGCGUCGCUGCAGCUUUGCCAGGGACACGGUCAGCAGCAGCAGUGACGUCAACUGCAAGCAGCAGUACCAGCAGUAGCAAAAGCGGCGACGCUAGAACAGUCGCACAGCUGUCAGCGACAUCUGCGCACCCACUUGAUGCGCAACAGUGCACAACCGUACCUCCUUGCUCAGCACAGCUGCUGUGGGAGCGACUCCACUGGCGAGUGACGCGAUGCCGAACGGGCUGGCACUUCUGCCUUCAGGCGCCUAUAACCGUACACAAUGCCUGUGCGCAUACGACGCUGCGUCUGCGCUGUCUAGGGCAGACGAGCAGUCGUAUGCCUCGUACCACUACCACUACUCGUAGUAGUAGUAGUAGUAGUGGUAGUAGUGUUGGUGGUAGAGGUAGCAGUGGACGGGAUUUGUCGCUGGUGCUGGAGACUUUCCAUCGGCUACCGCCACAGAAGAGUAUCCGCAUUGGCGCCCUUGCCGAUAUUAGAGCACUGGCAGUCGCUUUUGAGGAGACGCUGACUGACUCCGGUGCGAACCCUGCCAGCGCAGAUGCUACGGUGUGGUGUGAGAGCUUCUCAGUGCAGGCAGCAGCGAUGCGAGCACUGUACGGCGAGGCGGUAACGGUCGCUCACAUGGUGCACUGGUGCGAUAACCGCGUACUCCGGGUAUCCCGACACAUCCACGAAGACGGCAGCCUGGAGGUGUGGUUAGCACCGGUUCUGGAAUUUCGAAACCUGCUUCCGGUUCCGGCCUUGAUCACAAUCAACGAACAGAUCGUGUGCCUGGAGCCUCGCUCGCGCCAAGAGCUCUUUCGCUUCCCCGCGGAUGGUCGUUGUGAACUUGCAGCAAGCAUCGGGGAGGCGCUGCUGCUCGAACAACGUCAACCUGUAGCGCGCUUUCAGUUGAGUGAUCGCGAACACGUCGAGCCGCUCCGCCAGACACCCACAGCAUCCACAGUGGCACUCUUUUCGCAACUGCUCGAUACCCGUUAUGGCUACGUCGAAGCGUCCUGUUAUCUUGGGCGUUUGACGCGGAAUGCAACAUUACUGAUCACAGCGGUCUAUACUGUGUUCAAUAUGGUACCUGGAUUGACCGUUCAGAUCCAGGAAAGUGGCCAGAUGCCGGAGUUCGAGCGAUACCAGCCGCAUCCGGUGAUGCUGGAACCCCAACAGGCGGGAUUUCUGCGGACGCCCUGUUGCCGCCUGUUUGGGUGGCGCGAACCUGUUCGUCUGGAGCUGGUGACCGCACAGGGUUACUUUCUGCGGCUCCAAGGUAUACCUCUGGUGCUCUCGUUUGCGUCCAGUUACGAAGCGGAACAACUGGAACGCGCCCGGUGGUAUGAAGAUGUGGAGGGGGUGCCCGUGAAAGCCCCGCGCAACCGCCGCAGCACUUUUGAUAACACCAGUGGCAUCGGUAGAGCCCGUGUGUUUGCACUUCGUCCCGAGCUGGUGCUGGUGAAUGAGUUGACGGACACCAAGCUCCUGGUACGUCGGUCGCACUCGCCAGUCGAUACCGACGACGCGGCAUCCACGCUGGAGAUAGCACCUGGCGGCCUGCAACCAUUCCUGUUCCCGGUGUACGCAGGUCGCGAUAUCGAGGGUAACGCGAUCACACGGGAGAAGGCACCUGCAGAUAGUGCUGCAUUGCAGAUUCGUCUAGCUCGAAAGCCGCUCGAGCGACAACAGCAACAACGUUGCACAGAUGCGGGCGUCUCGCCUGCAGGCAGCAAGUCGCUCGAGUCGUCACCGCGCGUUGAAACACCACUCGUUUGGUCUGGUGUCUUGCCGUUGGCGAUUACGGGAAGCUUUGUGGUGGAUGUCGCUGACGGCCUACCCGGAUACCUAACCGUACAAGCUUUUCUAGAGCGGAAUGGUUGUCAAGUGAUACGGUUUCAGAAGACGCCGGCAAACGCUGUACCCUUCCGGCUGGUGAAUGAGACUCCAGGCCUGCUCUGCUUUACACAGGCGAAGGAUCGUGUUCAGGCGCUGCAGCUGUUAGCAGACCAGCGGCAGCGGUUGACCUGGGCACCACCACGAACAUCCGUCGGAUUCGCUUUCUGUGAGCCGCUUGCGGAGCAUACGCUCUGUGUGAUGCGCAUAGACGCGGAUCCUGUGCAAUGUUUCUUCCUACCGAGUCUGGAGGCGGCCUUCUUGGAUGCUUCCGAGGAGGAUCCGGAUACGAUGGCGGUGCCGGUGCCGGUGCCGGUGCCGGAUCCUGCUGCUGACGUUCACGAUAACGCCAGCGACAACGAGGAUGCCUGGAUAGGCUCGCAACGAUCCAUGCUGCAGCCGGAGUUGCAGCAACAGGCCUGGCAGCGUCGUCUGGUUGCGGAUACAACGGGCACUGGGGCACCUCCCGCGGUGCUUUGGGUGCAGAUGCGCGCAACACCGACGCAGCGCGUGUUGGUGUUCCGGGCCGACUCGACAGCGGACGCUGCUGAGGUACCCAUUUCCGAGGCAUUCGGUGGUGAGGAGGCGCCGGUGCUGGCCCCGGUGGGCAUCCAGCGCCUUCAUCUGUUUGUGCUGGUGCCGGAACUAGCCAUCCAGGUGCACGCUACUGCGGCUGCCGGUGGUGCCCGAUGCCAAAUUCUCCUGAACAACUUGCAGCUAGCGGCUGACGUGGAUGUAGGGAUGCACACACGCACCCAUGUGCAGGUGUCGUUGCAACGAAUCGAGUUGCGCAAUGAGGAGCCCACAACGCCAUUUCCGGUGGUGUUGCACAGCGGGGCCACUGCCGCCACUGGUGAAGACAAGAGCGCAGCGUCAGCAGAACUCAUGGCUUUGGAGGCGGAACUCGUCCUUCGUCAGCGUUUUGGAGAGCGCGAGUGCGCGCCGCUGCGAGUUCUGGUCGCUGGGGUUCAGCUCCAACUGGAUGCGGUACUGAUGGCGCAGCUGGCUGCUUUGGCUACGGCCUGUGCACACGACUGGGCUGUGCACCAUGACGCAGCGUCGGAAUCGACAUCUGGUGAUACCGCAGAUGCUGCAAGCGACCGCUCAGGCCGCUCACCGAUCGACGACCUUGUCUGGAUGCCCAAGGCCGGUGCUGGCUCGCCACCACGUGACGGAAGUCGAGGCAUCAGUUGGUUGGUACUUGCGUACCUGCAGCUGACACCCGUGGAGGUGCUCUUAUCGUUCCAACGCGGACGGCAAACACAGAUCUCUGAAGCGCAGCUCGAGGCUGCAUCGCUGUUGGCACGAGCCGCAUACCUCUCUACGUUGGAACGCUUUGCGAGCAUCCCGUCCAUCGAUCAGGCGAGUCUCCAGCUGGCAGGUUUGGAGCUGCGUCGGCACGCGCUCGCAAGUCCCGAUGAGUUAUCGGCAAUGGUGUGGACGCGCUGGACGCGCAGUAUCCUCAACCAAUGGUACAAGCUGUUGGGCUCCCUCGACGUCAUUGGUGCACCAUUGACGGCUACAAGAUCGCCGGUUACGCACCUCAAGGAGAUGUACAGCAACCUUAUGGCGGGACGCAGCACCGCUCGCCGGUUCUCCUACGGAGCCUACAGCGCGGUAUCGGCGGCGGAACGGGUCAGUGUGGAGACAGGGAAGCGCGUUGUUGCGCAGCCAGCAGCAGGCGCCAUGGCUCGCACCGCGGGAGCGCUUGGACUACGCCUUCUGGCGCGUGGCCUCAGGAGACUCGGCUCAGGUAAGACGGCAUCACCACGAGCGCGGCAUUUGGUGCGGACGCAGACGCAUCCCGGCGGUAUCGCCACAGAGCCGUCGAAAGCGAGCACCGAAACGACGCUGCUGGACGAUGAGCCGGUAGCUGCGACCAUUAGCGCCACGAUCGAUGCCACUGUGCCAGCGGCAGACUCGGAUUCGCUUAUUCAGUGGGAUGACGACGAAUCUGGAACAGAAGAAGCAGCGACGUUGGCCUUGCAGUCGUUCGCCCACAAUGCCGUCGAAGCAUUAUCAUCACCAUCAUGCGUAGAUGCGGAUCUACGAAAGCUGCUGCUGUAUCCGGACUCGUGA